AUGCUGCGGCCACUGAGGUUUGCGGUCAAGUACCAGCCGCCGGUUAUUGUCAUGGAGUACGAGCGGCCAGAUGAGGAUGGUGCCGACCCGUAUACCCUCACACGCCGCCUCUUUGAUGCCCAUCCGCGCCAUCUCUCGCCGCAGUGGGUCAAGUUUGAGCAGGUGGAGAACCUUGUCUCGCGCAUCCUCGCCGCGCCCCGUCAUGAGCCGGCGGCCGAAGCUGGGCCGGAGGUCGAGGCUGGGGCCAAGGCUGAGCUAGAGCCGCAGCCACAGCCAUCAGCCGGCCAAGCCGGGGUCAACUACAACGUGCUUGAUGAUGAUGCGCUGCAGGAGGUCAAGGCCGGGAUGGAGGCCGAGUUUGAGGCCAAGCGGCUCAAGCCGGGCGAUCCGGGCUUUGAGUACGAUGUGCGGGCCGAGUUUGACGAGGCUGACGAGCCGUGUGAGUGGGACGAUCUGCUCGGCGAGGACGAGCCAGAGGCGGAGACCGAGGCGGAGCUGCAGCCGCAGCCAUCGGCCAGUCAAGCCGGGGUCAACUACAACGUGCUUGAUGAUGAUGCGCUGCAGGAGGUCAAAGCCGGGAUGGAGGCCGAGUUUGAGGCCAAGCGGCUCAAGCCGGGCGAUCCGGGCUUUGAGUACGAUGUGCGGGCCGAGUUUGACGAGGCUGAUGAGCCGUGUGAGUGGGACGAUCUGCUCGGCGAGGACGAGCCAGAGGCGGAGGUGGAUGCGGAGCAAGAGGCGACAACUUCCUCCAGGGCCGCUCAGCCCAUCAAGUAUGAAGCCGAAGAGUUUGAGGCUGAUUCCUCCUCGUCGUCGUCUAGCGACUCAGACGCGGACUCGUCGUCGGCGUCCGAGAUCGAGUCCAUCCCCGAAGAGCUGUACUCGUACGAUGACGACGGUGGCGUGCUAUUCUGACCACUGCCUCCCCGGCUAAAGAACUAAGAAAAGCAAA